GCGGUGCGGCGCUCAGUGACGAGUCGACCUUCGCGUCCGCAAUGACUCUUUCUUGAUGUAUGACGGGCGCUCUUUACAUCGUUAGUGUUAGUAAAUAUCAGUGUAGUGAUCAUGUGGAGUGCCGUGGAUUGCUCGGUUGUUCCACUGAUUUUAACUAUAGUGAUGUCUGUGGGUGGAUUCGAAAAUUUGGAGAGGACACAGGACUUGUCUUCAGAUAACAUGUUGGAUAACCUAAAAAAAGGUCCGUACCAGAAGGAUUACACAGCGUCUUAUGAUGCACAUUUUACAUCGAAUAAAGAAGCUAUGGGGGAUAGCUCUCGCCGGUUGCAUCCUCUACUGCCCAAUCCCAUGUCUCCAGCGAGGUUGAGGCACUCCAGGCACCUCUUAGGGCGAGGAUCCAGCGGCCAGUCCCAUCUUCCCACUCCAGAAGCGCUCGUGGGCGGUCCUUUCCAGGAUCUGACUGGGACGAGCAUUUAUGGGAUGGGCAGCAGCAGCCCUACGAUACACGACAACCACAAGCCAGUGAUCGCAAACUGCUCAAAAUUCCAGCCUUCAGUGAAGGAAGAGGAGCCGGCAGGGACCUUUGUCUUCAGAGUGACGGCUACAGACAGAGAUCCGCCCGAGAAUGGAGGUAACAUCACUUAUGCCUUCGUGUCGGCUCCUGGGGACAGGCUCAAGUUCAGCAUAGAUUCUCAGACCGGUGACAUCAGGACAAGACAUAUGUUUGACCGUGAUGAACCGAGCAGAGAGAAGGAACAGUACCUGACCAUACGAGCCACAGACAAUGGCAGGCCUCAGCUGGACGAUGUGUGCACAUAUAAGGUUAUCAUCGAGGACAUCAACGACAACCAGCCCGUAUUUGAUAAAGUGAACUAUGUGGAGUCGGUGCCCCAAGACCUGCCACCAGGUCAAGAGGUUAUGAGGAUAUCAGCAACAGACAUUGAUGAUGGCAACAACAGCAUCGUCUUCUACGACCUGGAACCCAAAGUAGCAGAGGAUGGAAAAUACUUCCACAUUGAGAGAUCAACUGGCGUCAUCUUCCUCGACAGGGUCAUUGACAAAGAGCCUGGGUAUCACUUCCGGAUGAAAGCGACUGCAACAGAUCAGGGAGAGGUUCCCCUCUCCUCAGCGAUAGAACUAGAGAUCUCUGUGGUAGAGUCGCACAAGAAAGCACCCAGCUUCAUCUCCACCCCUCACACCCCCAUCUUUCUGCCAGAGAACCUCACUGACUUCUCGUACAACAUCGCCACCUUGAAGGCUGUGUCCAACACUGACGAGAAGGCACCAGUGUUUGAGCUUGUGUUUGGAAGAACGGAACAGACGAACAAGCUGAACACUUUCCGACUGGAGACGGAAGGCACGACGGCGCACAUCCGCUUGGCCAGGCACAUGGACUACGAGUCGAUAUCAGAGUAUACCCUCACCGUCAGAAUACAGAAUAAGUAUGCACUGGCUGCGGAGACCACAAUCAACAUCCAAGUGACGGACGUCAACGACUGUAUCCCCGUGUUUACUGAGGUGGUGUCUGGGAGUGUGUUGGAGAAUGAGCCGCCCGGCACUCCUGUAAUGCAAGUGAGAGCCAUAGAUGCCGACAGCACAUCCUCCAACAACCAGGUGACGUACGAGUUGGGAGACAAUCAGGAGUACUUCGCCAUCGACAAGUACACAGGAAACAUAACUACGCUAGUCACCUUCGACAGAGAACAGCGGGAUUUCUACAAUGUCAAGAUCAUUGCCACAGACAACUCGCCCUCUGCGCUCUAUGAUACUGGGGAACACAACAAAGGACAGCAAGUGUUCAGGAUAGAGAUAGCUGACAAGAACGACCACCCGCCCAAGUUCACCCAGGAGAGGUAUGUGGCAGAGGCUAUCCCGGAAGAUGCCAACAUCAAUGCCUUAGUCAGGGAAGUCAAAGCACUUGACAAUGACACAGCGUCACCUGUCACCUACAGUAUAGUGGAGGGGAACACGAAUAAUGCUUUCUUGGUCGAGACGCAGACAGGAAAGAUCCGAGUCAACAGCCAACUGGAUUAUGAGAAUAUUACCAGUUACACGUUGAAAGUGCGAGCGUUUGAUGGCGUUUAUGAGGAUUACGCCCUGGUCGACAUCAAGAUAGAGAACGUCAACGACAAUCCACCCGUUUUUCUGCCGUACAAAAACAACAUAACCAUCAUGGAAGAGCAGUUGGUGCCUGGUUGCAUCGUCACGUUGAAAGCGUAUGACCCGGACAUCCAGGACCGUUCAGCAGACCAGCACAUAGUGUACAGUGUGGUCCCCAAACAAGACCAGGGUACUCACCUCACCAUCGACAACCAGGGGUGUCUCUCACUUCUCAAGCCUUUGGACAGAGAUCCCCCAAAUGGUUUUGACGUGUGGCAAGUGCUGAUCCAAGCCAAUGACGAGGAUGGGACGCCACAGACUGCUCUGCGCCUGGCCACCACGGUCUUCAUCAACCUCAUAGACAUCAACGACAAUGAGCCUUACCUCGACAUUCCCGGGCCGGUCGUGUGGAGGGAGAACCAGCCACCCGGUAUCAUAACCACACUCAACGCCAAGGACAAUGAUGGACCGGAAAAUGGAGGCCCUUUUAAGUAUGCGAUCGCCGGCUCAGCGAGUUCCGAGAUCCAAUCAAAGUUUGGCGUGUCUGGUAAUGAUUUGACAGCUCUAGUGACAUUUGAUCGGGAGGAGAAGAAAAGUUACCAAGUGCAGAUAUCCAUCACCGACAACGGCAUUCCGGCGAUGACUGGCACCAGCACACUUACAGUGGUGAUCGGAGAUGUCAACGACAAUGCGAUGAAGAAGGGUUCAAGCGACAUCUUCAUCUACAAUUACAAGGGUGAGGCUCCGGAUACUGAGAUUGGACGGGUGUACGUGGAGGACCUGGACGACUGGGACUUGCCGGACAAGACUUUCCGCUGGGCAGACGGCCGUUCUCACGAGAACUUUGACCUCAGUGACUCCACUGGCAUGAUCACCAUGUUGCGAGGAACCCCUCAAGACUCCUACCUCCUCAAGUUCUUGGUGACAGAAGAAGCUCCACUGAUACCACGUCACACAGUGGAGGCUGUUGUGAACGUCACUGUCAAGGUUAUACCCGAGGAGGCUGUGGAUAAAUCCGGUUCUAUCCGGUUUGCUGGUAUCACGGCGGAGGAGUUCAUCACUCCAGAUUCACACGGGAUGAGCAAGAAGUCGAUGCUGCAGGCGAGGCUGGCACGUUGGCUCAACACCAGCCUGGAUAAUGUGGAUGUGUUCACGGUGCUACACUCUCCACACAACACCAACCAGUCACAGCUGGAUGUGCGGUUUUCAGCGCACGGCUCCCCGUACUACGCCGCUGAGAAGAUCAACGCUGCUAUUGUUGAAAAUGGGAGAGAGCUCGAGAGAACCCUUGGUCUGAAAGUGCUGAUGGUGAACAUAGACGAGUGCCUGGUAGAAAAACUGUACUGUGAGUCAUCCUGUACGAACUUCCUCAACAAAAGCAACGUGCCGAGCGCAGUGCACACUAACACCACAUCGUUUGUGGGUGUCAAGGCCGUCGUGGACCCGCUGUGUAACUGCAAUGUCCCGCAGAAAGUCGUCUGCUACAACGGAGGAACUCCUGUGGGUGACAUGUGUGAGUGCACGGAAGAGUACGACGGUCCUCACUGCGAGAUUGUGGGAAUCGGAUUCGUAGGUAAUGGCUGGGCUCUCUAUCCACCUUUCUCUUCCUGUGAGGACUCCCACAUCUCCUUGGAGCUGCGUACCAACAAGCCAGAAGGUCUGGUCUUCUAUGUCGGCCCCACCAACUCCGAUGCCUUCAAACAGCUGGGCGUACAAGAUUUCAUGUCCCUGGAAUUGAAAGAUGGCUACCCCGUACUUUUGGUGGACUUCGGCUCAGGCACAGUGCGAGUAGAGCAACGACACACCAAACUAUCAGACGGCGAGAUACAUCGGAUAGACAUCAUCUGGAACAAGUCGACGAUAGACAUGCAGGUUGACAAGUGUAACCUGCCGACUUGCAUGUCGGUGACGGCACCACAACCUCCCAACGAGUUCCUCAACGUGAAUGGUCCGCUCCAAGUUGGUGGCACUCACAUGAAGCUGGCUGCUGUCGCUGAGGGCAUGAACUGGAGCCACAAGCCCCACGACGAGGGCUUCAGUGGCUGCAUCAAGAACCUCACAUUCAACGGGAAGCUUUACAAUCUGGGGAUGCCGAGUCUGUCCAAGAACGCAGACCUGGGCUGUAACCAGGGAAUGGCUGUGGCUGUGACAUUCGGAAUCGACACCAGUUUCCUCGUUGCCAUUCUCAUCUGCCUCGCCAUUCUGCUAAUUCUGCUGCUGGCAGUGGUGGUUCACCGCAAGAAGACCGAUGAUCUCUACAAAGAUACGGAUGACAUCCGAGAGAACAUCAUCAACUACGAGGACGAGGGAGGUGGCGAGGGUGACAUGACCGGAUACGACCUCAACGUACUACGACUGAUGUACGACGACCCGUUAAACGAGAAACAGAUGCCUAACAACACACAUCUAAUUCAAAGACCAGGGCCAGAUGAUGUCCCAGACAUCUGUGGAUUUCUGGAUGGCAAGAAGCAGUCAGUAGACAACGACCCAGAGACGAAUCCCUUUGACGACGUGCGACAUUACGCGUACGAAGGUGACGGCAACACCACCGGCUCUCUGUCUUCGUUAGCAUCAGGAACCGAUGAGGGCGACCUGAACUUUGACUACCUGUCCAACUUCGGGCCAAGGUUCCGCAAGCUGGCCGACAUGUACGGGGAGGACCCUAGUGAUGAGGAGGAUGACAACUUCCACAACGCGGCAUCAGAGUCGUGGUGUUGAGGUGCGGCGGCCCUGGCGCGUCCGGCACUGUGCCAUCCCCCCGCCACGCCGGACGACAGGGCUUGAUAGACUGACACCGUGAAGCAAACAUUCCCCAAGUGUUCAUAAGGCCGUUUUUGUGUACUUAUUAAUUCUACAUUCCAUCGGUCGGUUGUUGACGUUGAACGUGUACUUAAGUGUGCUUCUCAAUUAAACGUCAACAAAUCACCGUUUUUGAUUUGAUGUGAACUUUUUUUAAGAAGCACCGGUUUUUUUUAGCGAGUUUUUUACUAUGGAUGGAUUUCUAACAAAGUACCAAAGAGACUGGUAACGCCGCUUUCUUUGUUGUAAUUUCCUUCACGUCGCAUAACUCUGUGAUUAAUUGUAAUGAAUUUGCGACUGAUGUUUUUUAAAGCGAUUUUCCUACUGAGCCCUACUCUUUUUUGUAGUAAGGGCUGGGGAGCCGCUAGAGUGUACAUUAUCACUGUAGGAUUAAUUGUAGGGAAAAUGUUUAGUAAUUAUUGUAUUUAUGUUUAUCAGUUAUUAUAAUUACUAUACAAUAAUUUUAAUUUUAUUAGUGUUCUUAUGUUAUUGUUAUACCAAGUUAGGGGAACUUAUGUUGAAUAUUUAUUAUAAGUUUAUAAUUUUUUUUAUUCUUUUUUGAUUUUGGUAAUUCUAAAUUUUCACUUUAUUACGGUAUUCAAAUAUGACUGAAUAAUAAUUAUUAUUAGAUUUGUAUUGUCACGUAUGUUCCUAAGUGUGGAAAUCAUUAUCGUUUUAAAUAAAUACAUAGUAAUACAAGGGCAAGCAUGAAUAAAAUGUUUAUUUUUGUUUAUUACAAAUGCCAAAUUACAAAAUUGUAGAUUUGUAAAUAUGUUUUCAAGUUAUAAAUUAUUUUGUUGUAUUCUCUAUUUUGCACAUUUUUACAAACUAAAAUGCAUCAUUUUACAUUAACCACUAAGAGUUUUGUGAAAAAUCCUUGUAUUAUAACUUCUCUCUAAGUGCAAUUAAGGCAUUGUAUUAUAUUUAAUUUAAAUAUUAAUUGUAAGGCAUUAAUUUUAUACUGUAGUGAUACUGGUAAAGUAUUGUCAACAAUAUUAGGUGAACAGUUUUUGUUCCGCAUUAUUCCUCAUUUAUUUAGAUAAAAAUAAUACUCUUGUGUAAUUUUUUUACUAUAGUGAUUGGUUUUAUUUUAUACCAUAGGUAGUGUCAUAACAUGAAAUAAAAAGCUAUUAAAUGAUAAUAAAAUUAAAAAAUAUAUAUAUAUAUAUAUAUAUAUAUAUAUAUAUAUUACUGGAAUACGUCAUGUUCUCAGUUUUGUAUAAAGUUCAUUCUAUACUUCUAAACUUAAAUGCCAUUGAUUGAUAAACUUACGGAUGUGCCCUACCCAGAUCUGAAAUAUUAAUAAGAAUUUUUAGAUGGAAUACACUCAAUGAGUAGUUCUGAGAGUACUUACCUAAAUUCUUUUGAUCUUAAAUCAUUCUUAAGAUUGGGUCAUUUUUAAUUGACCUAACUAAUAUAUUUUGCUGAUAUUUUCCAUAAUGUCCAGUUAGUACAACAUUAACUGGACAAAAAAACAAAACAAUUUCAAAAAGUAAUUAACUUAUCAGUGUUUGUGUAACAUGAUACCUUUUUGGCAUAAAUAUAUCCUCAAUUUAUUAGUUUUAACUAAAGUUCCCAUGGGAAAUAAAUUAAUACUAACGUAUUAAACUUCACAUAAAACUUUGCAUUGAAAACUGCAAAUUGCAAAACUAAUAAUACAACACAGUAAAUUAAUCAGACACCCACAUAAUGUGUAACACAGCAUCUCACAUACAGGAAAGAGAAGCAGCAUGUUAGAAAUUGAUUUACCAAAUUGAAAAAAUAAGCUAAUGAGAUCGAGUGUAAGCUCUAAUUUAAUUAUAUGUUUGUUAUAUAUCAGCCGAAUAGGAAAUAUACAAUUAGUAAUUUAAUAACCCUCGCAUGCUUGAGUAAGGCACACCAUUGAGAAAAUGGAAAUGGUUUUUAAUAGAAUUGAAAUUUAAACAUUUUAUACAUAUUAUUUUCUAAUUUAUUGUCAUUUAAUAGAUAAUAAAGUAGUUGUUAUUGUUAUAAUUCACAUUUACAAUCAAUUAUGUUGUAAAGAUAUACACAUCUUUGUUCUGCAUGAAAAAAUAAUAAACGAUGAUGUAAAUGAAAAAUAAUAAUUUAUGGGAUAUUACUUUAAAAAAUAAACACAGCAUGAAGUUUAUUUAAUACAAGUAAAAACCUCUAAAAUUAUAUAUUUUUAAUUUGUACUGAUAGUAAAAUACUAUUUUUAUUUAUUGUUGUUAUACAGUUUUUGUUAAUUUGUAUGCUAGAGGAGAAAUUUAAUUUCUAGAUAGCUAUAUGUAAUUAACAUGUAUGUUUAGUUUAUUAAUUCAAUUUUAUUUAUUUAUUAGCAUGUGAUCAACUAAACUGAAAAUUAAUUUUUCAGUAUUUUUUUUUAUUUGCGGCUGAAAACACAUCUAGUCAAUUAUUUAACCCCGAAAUUGAAAAGGUACUAUUUUUCAUUUAAUUGUGUUAAGUUAUUAAGGAGUUAUUAAAUUUUAACGUAGUAUAAAAUUUAUAUUACUAUAUUGAAUAGUAUUUAAGUACUUUCAAAUGAAAUAAAAUCAACUAUAAAAUAUUUUGACGUUAAAAAAAUUAUUUCUUUUAAUCCAAAUAUUAAUUUCUAGAUUAUGCUUAUCAUUUUGAUCAUUUGUUUCAUAUUCCCAAACUGGAGAUUGGUAAAAAUGCAUGUCUUAAAUAAAUGUUCAACGUUAAAAAUUAUAGAGUUGCUCAUUUAAAGUUUUUAUUCAAACAUACAAAAAAUUUCAUGGAUGAAAACAAAAUACAGUGUGACGUACAAGUAACUAUUCGAUUUUGGGGUUAAAUAUUUUUGAACACAGCAGCCUAAUUUGUAUUUAAUAACUAAUCAAUCUCGCACACAAAUUGUUCACCUUCUAUUAAUGUAGGUUUAUAUCGUACACUGUGUAAAUGCAAAGUGAUCAAAUAAAAAUAUCAUGAGCUUUUUGUCAGGAUAGGCCCAGAUAGGCUUCAAAGGUCUUGAAUGUGUCAGCACGAUAGGUCAAUUACCGCUACCAGCCAAGAGGGCGAGUGGCUGUGUGUGUAUACGUAUGUAUUCGGUGCUAUCUUAAGAGUUUCUAACAGAUUUCACAACAACUCAUCAAAGUUUUUGUUUAAUUCUUUGGUUUGGCAAACAACUAGUUAUUUUAAGUGUGUAAAAAAAUAGUUAAUAAAAACAUACUAGCUUUAUUAAUUACUCUGUAAAUUAAUAAAAUUUCAAAUUGUAAAUUCGAUGUCACUUGUAUUGUUUGACUAAAAACUUUUAAUUUAUUUAAGUAUUUCUCGAAAUAUAAUUUAAUUUUUCACAUCAUGCAUGCCGAUGUUGAUUUGAUCUUAAUAUUUGUGUAAUUGCACAUUGGUAAAAAUUGAAUUUCAUCAAUUUUUAUAUGUCAAUAAUUAUAUUUGUGGUUGAAUACAAACCAAACUAAAGUUCCCUUUACAUGAAUGACCAAUACAUGAAUUCGCUUCAAAUAUUCGUUUGAUGAGCUUUUGUGGACAGAGGUUGGCAGCCGUGUUAAAGGUAACUGCAGGGGCCAACUGUAAAGGAAUAAAUAAUAUAAAUGUUAUUUAAUAUACGAUCUCAUUGUUAUUAUUUGCACAAUGUAAAAUAUUUAAAAAAAUGUUUUGUAUAUAAUUUUUCAAGCCGAAUCACUGUGUUAUCUUGGAGGUAAUUUCUUUCCUUUAUUAUUAUUAAUUAUAAGUUGCCAUGUAUGAUUUCUGUGUAAAAAGUUUAACAGAUUCAUAAUUUUGACCUAUUGUAUUUAGAAUGUUGUGAAAGUAGUCCCAUGGCUACAUAUCCUUUAUGUUGAAUUGUAUGCCCAUCGCAUUCACUGUCAUAGAUUUAGUUUGAUAUUUAAAAAUACAGGACUUUUUAGAAA